CCAUAAAGCGCGCUUGUCUUCUCUCCGCGGGCGUGGACAGUGAGUCCACCCGCCUAAAAUCCAACAGUGGGCAAUGUUCUCGCUCCAGCUUUGUCCCUGUCUUUCAUAUCUUUUUACACCUUGCCCCCCACCUACUCCUUCGCACAAUAACGACCCGCCUUCUUCCCACACAAGAUACUAGACAAAAGGAGAGCAGUAAAGAAGACAAAGAGAGAGAUCCGACUGAUCCUUGGUCUACGCAAGACUACCAUUACAACAAGGACACGCAGGCACCUCCCUCUCACCUUCCCAUUCGUAGUUCACACGCGCCAUGUUGGAGGGUCUGGUUGCCGGUCUUUUGAACCGAUUCAUCGGGCCAUAUGUGACCAAUCUCAAUGUCAACCAGCUCAACAUCGCAAUCUGGAGUGGUGAUGUCAAGCUGACAAACCUCCGACUCAAGAAGGAGGCACUCGACAAGUUCAGCUUGCCAGUUGAUGUGGUCGAAGGAUACCUCGGCGAACUCACGCUAAGCAUUCCAUGGUCUAACUUGAAGAGCAAGCCCGUCAAGGUCUUCAUCAACAAUGUCUAUCUGCUGUGCGUCCCCAAGGGAGAGUCCGAGUACGACGCCGACGAAGAGGCCGCUAGGGCCCAGGCACUGAAGGAGGACAGGCUGGCCAACGCAGAGUUGCUUAAUACGAAGCCGAGCUCUGGAAUGGAUGAUGAGGAAAAGAAGAAUGCCACAUUCCUGAAUCAGCUCAUCACAAAGGUCGUGGAUAAUCUACAGGUGUCCAUCAAUAACAUUCAUGUCCGAUACGAGGACAAGCUGUCCGAUCCGAAGCACCCUUUCUCGGCUGGUCUGACUCUUUCCCAACUCUCUGCAGUAUCGACCGACGGAGAGUGGGUCCCAACAUUCAUCCACGAUGAAGCCAACACCAUUCACAAGCUUGCCACGUUGGACUCCUUAGCCAUGUACUGGAAUACUGAUUCACGAUCUCUUGCAGGAAAGGGUAUGGACGAUGCAUUAAAGGCAUUUGUGGACUUGAUUGCUAAGGCAGAACACGUGCCGGAUGAGCACCAGUACAUCCUCAAGCCAGUUUCAGGAACAGGAAAGAUCAAACUCAACAAGCGCUAUGGUGGAGACGUGCCAAAAGCGGGUGUCACCCUCAACUUUGACGAAUUGGGGUUCGUUGUCGACGACGAGCAAUACAACAAUGUACUGCUGAUGAUGGGUCUUUUCCACUCAUUCAUGAGACAGCACGAGUUCCGGAAAUUCCGUCCGCCGAGCAUUGUCACCCCCAAAAAGGACCCGCUGGCCUGGUUCCGAUAUGCUGGAAAUGCAGUACUCUCACAAAUUCACGAAAGGAAUCGCAAGUGGACUUGGGCGUACUUUGAGGAGCGCCGGGACGAUCGCAAGGCGUACGUGGAGUUAUACAAGAAUCAUAAGCUUGGACGUAACGAUAUCGAGGAUGACGAGAGACUGAAGGCAUUGGAAUGGAAACUAUCGUAUGAGGACAUCCGCCUGUACAGAAGUAUUGCCAAGGGUGCGUUGCGCAGGGAAAAGAUUCUGAUCAAGAAACAAGUGAAAGAGCAGCCGAAGGGCUGGCUCAGCUCAUGGUGGCACGGCUCUAGCGGUUCCUCGACGGAGACCUCGGAGGAGGAGGAAUCGGCCACACUUACGGAUGCCCAAAAGAAACAGCUCUACGAUGUCAUCGACUACGACGAGAAAGCUGCGUUGCAGGCCAAUCUGGAGGAGGCUAAGGAUACGAUUCUAUACGCCGUUAACGCACGACUGAGGACGGGUUCUUUUGCUCUGAAGAAGGACCCUCAUGGUGUCGAUAAGACCAUCUUCAGCAUCGUGUUCGACACCUUUGUGGCCAACUUUCUACAGCGGACAGACAAUUUUGUGGCGGGUGUCGCCUUAGGAGGGCUGACAUGCAUCGACAGCACUACCCAGAAUACGCUAUACCCCAAGAUUAUUCGCGUAAAGGAUGCAGAGAACAAGAAAAAUCUCCUGUCCCACGUCUCCGAAGGCGAUACUGUAUAUGGUGGAGAAAGUAGCCAAAGAAGUUCUGUAGAGACAGAUCUCGACUUCAACCCCUUUUUCUCCGUCAAUUUCGAGCACAAUCCCCUAGACGCUCAUGCCGACAAUGUGUUGGAGGUCAAGAUGAGACAUCUGGAGAUUUUGUAUAAUCCAAAGACGGUUGACACUGUCAUGGAGUUCUUAAAGCCGCCGCCCAGUGAAGCCGACAGCAUCAAUGCUCUCUUGGAAGCCGCUGGGGACACUCUGGAAGGAUUAGCUGCUCAGACGAGAGCCGGUCUGGAAUAUGCAUUGGAGGAACACAAGCGACUGGAUCUGCGUGUGGACAUGGAUGCGCCCGUCAUGAUCUUUCCCGAGAGCUGCACCGACAUCAACGCUCUCGUGGCAGUUCUUGACGUUGGUCAUAUUUUUGUUGAAAGCAACCUGGUGUCCAAGGAAGACUUGGCGGUUGUUGAGAAGAAUCAAAAUCGCACCAUGGAUGCUUCAGAUUUUGAAAAGCUAGAGGAUCUCAUGUACGAUCGAUUCAUUGUGCAACUUUCCAGCACCCAGCUUUUGGUCGGCCAGUCUGUGGAGCGGUGCCUGCAGCAAAUCCGGAAGCCUUCAGCGGAGAAUGACCUGCAUGUCAUUGACAAGAUCAAUAUGACAUUCCACGUUCACCUCUCGAUCCUGCCGCAAGCGCCUAACUUGACGAAGAUCAGGGUUUUCGGCGAUCUGCCACUGCUCCAGAUCAACUUUUCUGAUCGCAAAUAUAAGACGCUCAUGCACAUUGUUGAUCUAGUUGUACCCAAGGACCCGGAUACCGCAGCACCACCACCUCCGCCAAAGCCAAAAAGUUCCAUGAACAUUCCCUUACUUGGGAAGAACAAUUACGCGGAUGAUCUUGUCCUAGGCGACACUACGGAAGGAGAUUCUGAUGACGAACGCGCUGUUGCCCACCGUGGAAAGAAAUAUGAUGCUCAGGAUAAGGAGCAAAGCAGUGCUCUGUUAUUCCAAAAGACAUUCCAGUUUAGCUUCAAGGUCACCAAGUUUGCGGUGACGCUCAAGAAGGCUGCUCAGGACGUCAAUCUACCGGAGCGAGUUUUGGCUGAUCUGAUUAUCGAAAGAUUUGAUUUGGAGUUUGUCCUCCGUCCCGUGGACAUGAAUGUCAAUAUCGUUCUUGGAUCGCUCUAUGUAGAAGACAAGGUGGAGAAAGAUUCACGCUACCCGUACCUGCUUUCGUCUGACGCCGACGGGAAGUCGGCUGCCGCGGGUGCAUCCGAGGAUCUUGUCCAUGUCUCCUAUACAAAGGUGAACCCCAUUUCGCCUGACUACCUCACAAAGUACAAGGGCAUCGAUGCCACGGUCGACAUCUCGUUCUCGACUGUGACAAUAAUUCUCACCCGCAGGAGUGUGCUGGCCUUGUUCGACUUUGUCCUGACAACCUUCACUGCUCCUGCCACUCAAAGCCCGUCUCAAGCACCCGCAACUGCAGGAGAUCACAACGAUCUCAGGCCGCCUCUAGCCCAGGCACAAGUUGAUGACAAACCCCCGGCGCAGGAUACGAUGAAAGUCAAGGUGAAGAUGACUAGUAUCAACUUUAUCCUCAACAACGACGGUCAGCGACUUGCCACCAUGGCGCUCUCACAGUGCGAUGUUGCUGUGCUCAUGAAACCUCCAACGAUGCGUGUGAGCGUCAAGUUGGGCAACUUUACACUGACGGACGAUAUCAAUCCAGGAAAACAGCAAAUAUUGGCGAUUCAGGGCGAAGAGCUGGCCGAUUUCGCAUACGAGACCUUUGACGCGCACUCAUCCAGCUAUCCAGGCUACGAUGCUUCAAUCUUUUUGCGUGCUGGAUCCUUGCAGCUGACAUUCUUGGAGGAGCCGAUUAGGCAGCUUUUGGACUACUCGACUAAGUUUGCAAGGAUGCAUGUUCUCUACGACUCUGCUCGAAAUGCAGCGGUGAACCAGGCCCAGGCUUUGCAGACUACCGCAAGCAGAUUUCACUUUGAUGUUCAAAUCAGCACUCCUAUCGUUAUCUUACCCAAAGACGCUAAAUCUCGCAACACAAUUGUGGCAAAUCUGGGAGAGAUCUCGAUCAGGAAUGAGUUUGCGGACGAUAGUCAUAUCGAGGGCGGAUUCUUGGACCAGAUGAAACUCGGCAUCCACUCCAUCAAUUUACUCAGUCAAUUCUACUUUGAAGACGUUGUCCAGGAGCUGCAAAUAAUCGAAGAUGUCAGCAUCGAGUUCGACAUGACCCGCGCUACACACAAGGACGGGUUACCACGGCCAGAUAUGGAACUCGUCGGCCGCAUGUCGGACGUCAGCAUGAGUCUGACAGAACUUCAGUACAGGACGCUUUACGGAAUCUCCAUGUCUGUUGCUCGUGCCUUCGCAGGUGGCAGCGAUGUCGAUACAGAUGCCCUGGCUGCUUCUGCUGGCAUCCCCUCGGCUCCUCCAUCUUCACCGCCUACGAAGUCCUCGGAUGAGAAAUGGACGUCGAUCGAUCUUGUGUUCAACCUGCCUCAGGUUACGCUCGAGAUCUACCAGGGGGAUGCCACUCAGAAGGAAGAGCUGCGCGACUGCAGUUUUUCGAAAUUCUCUCUGUCCAAGACUGGCUUCAAGUACAAGAUGUUGACGGACUCUACCAUGCAGGCAGAGUUGACCAUUCAGGACCUCAUCAUUAAUGAUACCAGGCGCAAUGUUAAGACAAAAUUUCGAGAAAUCAUCCCAGCCAAUCUCCACGACAGUCCUCAGAUCUUCAUGUCGCUGAGCACUUUUGACGACAACAGCACGCUCGUCUUGUUAAACGUCGACAGUCCCAAGGUGAUUUUUCAUCUGGAGUACAUUUUUGCAUUGCAAAGCUACUUCAUGAGCGCUUUGACACCAGAUCCAGAGGCACCAGAGCAGGGGAGGAGACCUUCAAGCACCAGUCAAGUUUCCAGUCAAACGCUUAAUUCGACCGCCUCGAAGGCGAGACGCCCUUCGAGCGCCACAAAACCUGCUGAGCCAUCCAAACCAACGGAGCCAGGCCCAUCUCUGCAUUACCGCGUCAGUGUUCUCUCUCCCGAAAUCAUUUUACUUGCCAAUGCUGCCAGUUCCGCCACGGACGCCAUCAUCCUUUCUGCGCACCAAGUGGUCAUGUCACAGCAGGAAACCAUGACGUUAAUUGUCGAUCGCGUGGGAAUGUUUCUGUGUAAAAUGGACAAGAGAGAGGACACCUCUCUUCGAUUUAUUGAUAACUUUGAUAUUGCGCUCUCAAUGGGAACCCGCUCGCCUACUCCGGGACACCAACUGACCAACAUCACCUUGGAUGUUCGACCCUUGGUGCUGAGACUGUCAUAUCGUGAUGCCAUGUUAAUUAUGGAUAUCGUGAACAAGGUAACAGAGUUUCAAUCCAAGACUCAGCCUGCUUCCGAGCCGACUUCACCCAAGCCGAACAAGCAAAUCGUUGCUGCAGGUCCAGCGCCAAGAGCCAUCACAGAGUCUGAGCGAAAACCAGCGAUGACCGCGAGCGGAUCCGCCCCCACCAAACCUAAUGCAAAGCGUUUGGUUGAGGAAGCACAGUUUGUUUCGACGCGCGAGACACUCAAAGGAGUCAUCCAGGGUUUGCAGCUUAUUCUGAUCGAUGACAUGUACAGUUUGCCAAUGCUCGAUCUGAAGCUGGACCGAUUUGAUUUAGAGGUCAAGGAGUGGUCGUCAGAGAUGAAGGUGGAUACCUCGCUCCGAACCAGCAUCAAUUACUUCAAUGUCAGGAACUCGCACUGGGAGCCUUUGCUGGAGCCCUGGCAAUUUGUGAUCCAUGUAUCCAAGGUCGUUCAGCCUCCAAAUAUGCUCAUUGAUGUGUUCUCGAAACAGGAUCUCAACAUCAACAUCACGCACACCUUUAUCGAGACAGCGUUGCAGGUCAUGACUACAAUUCAAAAAGAGCCCGAGCAAGUCACCUCGAUCAAUCGCGAGGCCUUGGUUCCUUACCUCCUUAGGAACAGGACAGGGUACCCCCUGCACGUGUGGGCCGAAUCCGAGAACAACAUUGAUAUCGUUGUACACAAGAUCAAGGACGGUGCGAAUCUGCCAUGGCGUUUUGACGAUUGGAGGAAGAUGCGUGAGACAGUUGCUAGUAAAAAGAACACUCUCGGCAUUCAGUUUGACGGCGUACCAUGGGAGAGUUUGAAGGACGUGCCAGUAGAGAGAGAAGGCCGUUAUUUGUACGUUCUUCGUCCCAAGUUGAGCAGCGUAUCCCAUCGAGUUGCGGUUGACAUCUACAUCAAGAACAACGUCAAGAUGGUCACCUUCAGCUCAGCUCUACUGAUUGAAAACGCAACAUCUCUCCCCAUCGAAGUUGUUGUUGUGGAUGACAGGAAGAGGCACCUUGACAAGCCCCAGAAGAUUGCGCCUGGCGAGGACUAUUCGGUUCCUAUUGAGGCUUCCUACAAAAACCGCAUUCUCGUCCGACCGGACCCUGGAUUCAACUACAACUGGAGUACGGAGACGAUCUUCUGGCGCGACCUUGCGACGCAGCAGAGUCGUCAGCAGCGAUACAGUUCGGAUGGCCAGGCUGUCAGUUCUGUCAGCUGUCGCGCGAACGAUGAUGCCAGCCAGCAACCAUUUCGAUUCCAGGUGCGGGGCGGCACUGACAAUUUCGAUCCGCUUGCAAAGGACUAUCCUUAUAUGACCAUUCGUCUUAGUGCUCCAGUGGAGAUUGAGAAUCUGUUACCGUACAACAUGCAGUACACUAUCAUGGAGAAGACAUCGCCCAAGCACAAGGGAACGCCGUUGACAUCUUACUUGCGGAAGGGCGGCAUCUCGCCCUUGCACACUGUGGAUGUACGCAACCUUAUGCUUCUAAGCGUUGCCAUCGAAAACACGUCUUUUUCAGCCAGUGAGUACUCUAUUGUGAGUUCGCAUGAUCCCGACGAGCUACCCGUUGAGAACACGCUGACGUUGAUGGAUCCUGAUGGCCUCAAGCUGAUGCUGGGUAUUCACCGACAUGUAAUUCCUGACUCUGGCGGAGCUGUCAAGUUUAGCAUCUUCUGCCCGUAUGUAAUCCUGAACAAGACUGGACUGGACCUCGUGUUCAAGGCCAAGUCAUUCAUGCAGAACGCCAAGAUUGCUGCCGGUCAAGGGUCCAACCGCAUGGUGCAGAACAAGGCCCUGCCACUCAUGUUUUCGUAUGGCAAGACCGAAAAUGGCAACCGCACACUGGUCCAGGUGGCAGGAAACUCACAGUGGAGUCGACCUGUCAGUUUCGAAGCUGUGGGAAGCAUAAUGGAGAUUUCGAUGCAGGCGCUGGAUAGGAAGGAGGAGAUACACCUGGGAAUGAAUGUCGAGCUUGGCAAGGGCAAGUAUGCAUUGACCAAGGUGGUGACGAUUACGCCGCGGUUUAUCCUUAAGAACAACCUGGAUGAAGAUCUGAACUUUAGAGAAGUUGGAUCCAACAAUGUCACGCCGUUGCCGGCACACCAGCGCGUGCCCUUGCGAUAUAUGCGCCAGGGCCAGCAAAAGCUGCUUUCGCUCCGCCUCUCUGGAGUUACCGCGCGAUGGUCGGCACCCUUCAUUAUCGAUGAGAUGGGCAAGAUGCACGUUACUAUUCUAAGAAGUGACGGCGAAGUUGAGCUUAUUCGUGUCCAUGUCAUGAUGGAGGUCGCCACGGUCUUUAUCGUUCUCAACAAAGAGGAAGGUAGAUGGCCAUACCGCAUAGAUAACAGGUCAUCGUGGGAUAUUACCUUCAGUCAACAUAGCCCUACAAAGAGCGACUCCGCGUCGGCCUCAUCGGCGUCUUUCUCGAGCUCUGCGCCCAAGGUCUACAGGCUCAAGGCUGGCGAGACAAUGGCCUAUUCCUGGGAUCUGCCUCAUCUGAAGGAGAAGGCGUUGGUUUUGAGCGUGAAUGGACGCGAACGCGAGGUCAGCUUACAAGAAAUCGGAUCCUUGGUUCCCUUCAAGUUCCCUGCAGGUGAUGCCAGCAGUAUUAUCUCGAUUGAUGUAAUCGCUGAGGGUCCCACUCAGGUCUUGGUCCUUGCGGACUAUGACUCGAAGCAGAGUCUGUUUAAGCAGCGGUCUUCCAGCCAGCUGACUGUCACGGAGAGAGGUGAUGACGCGGACAAAGAGUCGAACAAGGAUUUGACAAAAGAGGGCUUUGAGGUGAUUGACGUGGACGCAGUUGUGACCUUCAGUUUUCAGGUCCGACUUGAGUGCAUCGGUAUCUCGAUCCUGAACCAGCGGAUGCAGGAACUGAUCUACAUCUCAAUGACUGGUCUUGAGACACGGUACACGGAUUCGAACAUGUACCAGUCAGUGAACCUCAUGGUUAAGUGGUUGCAGAUCGAUAACCAGCUUUAUGGAGGAUCGAGUCCCAUCAUAUUGUGCCCGACGCAGACACCCAAGGAUAGCAAGGAUGCCUCAGCCCACCCGACACUGCACAGCGCAUUGGUUCGAGCAAAGGAUGAGACCCACGGAGUGGUUUACUUCAAAUAUUUCUCAGCCUUGCUUCAGGAACUUACAGUGGCGAUGGACGAGGAUUUCUUGUACACACUGAUCGAGUUCUCAAAGUUCAAUAUCCCCGGAUGGACAGAGGACCCAAAUAAGGCCCAAUUGUGCGACGAGAGUUUGGAUCUUCCGGAGCCAAAUGCUGGCGAAGAUGAGAAUCAGUUGUUCUUUGAAGUGCUUCAUUUGCAUCCAAUGAAGGUCAACCUGUCGUUCAUGCGUUCGGACCGCGUGAACAUCGAGGAGGCGCAACAAAAGACGUCGAGCCAUAAUCCAAUCAUGUAUAUCUUCAACGUCCUUACGAUGGCCAUUGGAAACAUUGAUGCUGCCCCUAUCGCCCUGAACGCCCUUCUCUUGGAAAAUGUUCGCGCUAGUGGACCAGUGCUAGUAGAUCUGCUCCAGAGACACUACAGCCAGGACUUUUUCUACCAGCUGCACAUGAUUGUGGGUUCGAUCGAGUUCUUGGGCAACCCAGUUGGACUUUUCAACAACCUAAGUUCAGGAGUCGCGGACUUCUUCUAUGAACCCUACCAAGGCUUCAUCAUGGGCGAUCGUCCUCAGGAUUUUGGUUUGGGCGUGGUGCGAGGCACGUCGUCUUUACUGAAGAAGACCGUAUUUGGAUUCUCGGACAGUCUUGCUAAGAUCUCUGGAUCGGUCGGAAAAGGUCUCUCAGCUGCGACAAUGGACAGAUCCUUCCAGGAACGCAGACGAUUGGGCAAUCAGAGGAAUGCGCCUAAGCAUGCGCUCUCGGGAUUGUCGAAAGGAGCCACGUCAUUUGCUCAGGGAGUCGUCAGUGGUGUGACAGGUAUUGUAGAGCAGCCAUUGGCAGGAGCGCAGAAGGAGGGCGUCGAGGGCUUCUUCAAGGGGCUGGGCAAGGCCGCUGUCGGUGUGGUGACCAAGCCCUUAGUCGGAGUGUUUGAUUUUACAACCAAUGUCACAUCAGGCAUUCGCAACACGACGACAGUAUUCGACAGGGACCAGCGACGGAAACGUAUUCCAAGACACGUCCCCAAGAACGGUAUUUUGACGCUGUACGACAAAUCGGAGGCCUUGGGACAGUUUUGGCUGAAGCAGGUCGACAGUGGAAAGUACUUUUAUGACGAUUAUAUCGCGCAUUUGGUGCUGAAGGGUGAUAACCUGGUGGCGAUGUUGACUUCAAAGAGGAUCAUGGUGUUCAGGGCCGAGAGUCUAAAGGUCGAGUGGGAUCUCGAGUUCGCGGAGAUCCAGUCGAUUGCACCGUUCCCGCGAGGCAUUUCCAUUACGAGCCGAAGGGAUCGCCAAGAGAACUUUAUCCCGAUCUUUGAGCAGACAUCGUUGCAGUGGUUCAGUGGGAAGAUUGAGGAAAAGGUCAGCCAGUUUAAUGCUGAACUUAAGCCCUUGGAGUAGGAGAAAGAUUGAUUGGAAAUAAAUAAAUACACAAAUAUUGGAAGUCCAACCUGCGGAUGAGUAGGAUAC